ACCGCUGGGCCCUUUGGGGUAGAAGGGGGCAGUCUUUUGCAGGCUCCAAAAGUUAGUCUCGCGGUAGGGUAGGGUCUAUUGUGAUGAUUACUACAAGAGGUCAAUGAGAUAGGACCCCCUCCUCACAACCCCCCUCCCUAAUUACGGAUUGAGGAGGGGGAGGGGCCAGUGGGGCUCAGGUGAGCACACGGGGAGAAAGGGACAUGGGCGGGGCCUUACAGAGGGUCAGCGAAUCCGAAAAGACCUAAGCCCUCGUUGCUGGGCGACAAGUCCCGCCCCGCAGGCGGCACCGGAAGUGGCCGGCCGGGAUCAGCCUUUAAGAUGGCGUCUCCUCAGGGGGGCCAGAUUGCGAUCGCGAUGAGGCUUCGGAACCAGCUCCAGUCAGUGUACAAGAUGGACCCACUACGGAACGAGGAGGAGGUCCGAGUAAAGAUCAAAGACUUGAAUGAGCACAUCGUCUGCUGUCUGUGCGCUGGCUACUUCGUGGAUGCUACCACCAUCACAGAGUGUCUUCAUACUUUCUGCAAGAGUUGUAUUGUGAAGUACCUCCAAACCAGUAAGUACUGCCCCAUGUGCAACAUCAAGAUCCACGAGACACAGCCACUGCUCAACCUCAAACUGGACCGGGUCAUGCAGGACAUCGUGUACAAGCUAGUGCCUGGCUUACAAGACAGUGAAGAGAAACGGAUUCGAGAAUUCUACCAGUCCCGAGGCUUGGACCGGGUUACCCAACCCAGUGGGGAAGAGCCAGCCCUGAGCAACCUCGGCCUCCCUUUCAGCAGCUUCGACCACUCGAAAGCCCACUACUAUCGCUAUGAUGAGCAGCUGAGCCUGUGCCUGGAACGGCUGAGUUCUGGCAAAGACAAGAAUAAAAGCAUCCUGCAGAACAAAUAUGUCCGAUGUUCCGUUAGAGCUGAAGUUCGUCAUCUCCGGAGGGUCCUGUGUCACCGCUUAAUGCUAAAUCCCCAGCAUGUACAGCUCCUUUUUGACAAUGAGGUUCUCCCAGAUCACAUGACCAUGAAGCAGAUAUGGCUCUCCCGCUGGUUCGGCAAGCCGUCCCCUUUGCUUUUACAAUACAGUGUGAAAGAGAAGAGGAGAAAUCCUCUGAGUUUCAUCAUGAAGGAGGGCCUCUCUAUGUCCGUGGUCCCUCAGUGAAUUGCCAGAGGAGAGGGGUAGAGGACCCUACACAUAUAAAACUCAGAAGGUGAGCUAAGUGGAACCAGGUUACCCAUACCAGCUUUUUCUUUUUUCUUUCUUUCUUUCUUUUCUUUUUUUUGGUGAAGGGAAGGCUUUCUGGAGGGGAGUUCUCACUAUACUUGAAUGUUGUAGCAUAUGCUGCAGGCUUCAGUGGAGGUGUCCUAAUUCAGGAGCAGUGAGGGUAGGGCUAGGGUUAGACAGUGGCCACUGCAGGACUGAAGAAGAGUGAUAUUUUAAAGAAAGUUCCAAAGAAUUGCUCUAUAGGAGGAAUCUUAAAAAAACAAAAAAACAUGGGGGGUUAAGACACAGGGAACACAAGGGUGUUGAGUUGGAGACAUGGUUGUCCAUACAAGAUUCAGUAGGCCUUCACGUCCCUGGAUUAGGUGAAGCCAGGGUGAGGAGAGGGACCUGGUGUCCAGGAGAGCAAAGGCAGCUUCAGGUAACAAGAGGGAAGCAGCAAGGCUAUUCGUUCCCUUGAUUAAUUCAGUGAACAUUCCUUGUCUGUAUGAGCCCAGCCAUGAGCCUUGGGCUCUGAAAGUACACUCAGCCAGGCUCCCUGUUCUGUGGCCUCUCAGUAGGAUAGUCAGAAACUUCCCUGACUGGGACAAUGACAUAUGGAGGAGGAAGCAGCGAGGUCCUGAAGGGAGCUAAUGGGCUGUGGCUGAACCUGGGACGAGUGGGUCGGAGCAGGCGGCAGAAACGUUGCCAGAACUCAAGCUUAAAGCCCAAGUCUUCAAAGGGCCUAAGUCUGACUCCAGUGAAUUCAGAGGGGUCAUUGUGCAUUGCUGGUGAGGGCUGAAGGCCUGAAGCUUCCAGGGAUAGAGACCGGGUGGCAGAAGACCUAGGGGAGGAGUACAGUGAAAAUGGUGUGAACUGGCUAAGAGAGCCUGAGACUGGGGCGGCCGGGGGUGGAGGUGGGCACAGUGUGAGGGGCCUGAGCAUAGUGGCCAGUGCACAGUAGACUGGCCUUCCGUCCACACAGAUGAAGCUUGUAGGCCAUGAGAAAAGCACAGUGUGGAGAGACUGCAGAAAGCAAGGAAGAGCCCUCGGGUGUGAUGGGCGGACAAUGAGGACCAGGGUGGGGACAUAGCAGAACAAUCAGCCUGACAGAAUCUCCAUGAUUCCCAAAGCGCCCCAUGUUUCCGGCCUCAUGCCUGGAAUGCCUCUCCCUCACCCCAUACCCAGCUGUUCUUUCAAGGCCCAAGUAUCAUCACUUCCUCCAGGAGACCCUCUCUCUGCCAGAACCCAGGCUUUUUCCACCCCUUUGUGCCUGCCUCUACACCAGCAUAUAUCUUGAGGUUUGGGAUGAAUUACAUCUAUAUUAAUUGGGCUCCCCCCAUGUCUUCUGGGACUCCACAGCCCACUCAAGCAUGCCACACUGAGGCUGUUCUCAAGGGGUUUGUGGGUGAAAGGGCAUUUUUAAGGAAUGACCCCCCGAGGGAGAGGUGUGGGCUGAGGGGGAAAGGGUAGAAAUGCUCCUGAGGAUUUUUUGGGUCCCCAGCAGCUGCAGGAAUUGGUCAGCAGUCUGGGGCUUGGCAGCAGCUUGGCAUCAAGAAGGCCCAGUCAGAAGAUAAGGCUGACUGGGGACCAGGCCUCAGGAUGAGGCUUUUAAUGGUGCAUGGCUUGAGGCCAAGGAGCAGCGGAAGGAGCUCAGGCGGGGACCUGGGGUGCAGCGGGCCACCUCCCCUCGCUCCCAGUUCCGCAGAACCUUCUUUUUGUCCGUCAGCGGCCCUGGCAGAGGCAGCUGCGGUGUGUCUCCCAAGGUGGCUGAUGCAGGCCAGCUGCGGGCUGAGGGCUGAGCUCUGCUCUUCCUCUCUCGACGGGUCCAUUGCCCCCUUGCCUGACUUUUGCCGGGAAGACCCAGUCCCCCAGGGUCACUCUGGUUACGAUCUGCGCCACGGGGAGAAUCAAGCCCAGGGUUCUCUUGAGCUGUGUGACCCAGAAUGCGCUGGUCGCGUUCAAAGAGGUGGCCGCGGACGGGCGCACAGCGGGCCCUCUAUGGGCGGCGCCCUUGACCUCGCAGCGCUUCUGGGUGGAGGCGUCAGUCCUCACCCGCAGGGUCAAGCUGGCCCUUGCCCCUGUCGCCCUUUCUCAUCUAGCCGUUUCAGUGGGCCACACUCACCUGGGGGGAGGGGGCACCGAGAUUGCCCCCACCUUUGGCACAGGGGAGAACCGGUCCCUCUCAGCCUGGCCAGUUUCUCAGUGCCAGGGGUGGGCAGAAAAGGAGGGAAAAGGGACUUCACUGGUAGUGGAGCAGUGGGUCUGGGGGGGGGGGGCGGUGUGUGUGUGUGUGUGCGUGUGUGUGUGUGUCAGUCGAGGAUGGGGGUCUGAGUAUCCCACCGCUCCCCCGGUGCACACAACCACCGAGCUUUUUGUGAGCCAGCAUAAAGGGCUGCCACGGGAUCACGGACUGAGCGAGGCCCUAGAAGAAACGAAACUAAAAUGUUAAGUGUCUGAGUCGAUUCCGCAGCAACGUUUUCUGAAAGAGAAAACAACCUCGGAAGUGUGCGAGAUGGACAGCCGCCCCGCCCCGCCCCACGCCCAGCUGCCUGGAGUUUCCUCCCUUAACUCCUACUUCCUUCUCUCUGGCUAACGGACUUCCCUAAGGGUCGGGAGGGGCGGCCAAGCUCCUCUCUACGGCUAGCCGUCUGUCCGCCUUCCUGAGGUGGUUAUUCAGAGGAUCCCCAGUUGCCCCUUUACAUUCACAGAAUUCAAAGGGAUGCGCGGGUAGGGAAAUUUGGAGGCUAAAGGUUGUUUAUUGAGCAGGUCUCAGUGCCAAAAAGAGGGGCAUCAAUCUGGUGUGGGCCUGGAUCAGGGAGCCCGCCAGAUGGGAGGCUGAGGUGGGCAAGGUGGUUGAGAGGUGCAGUGUCAGGGAAUGAGGGAGAAGGUGGGGGGCCGCAAGGAAAGGGAAAUCUGAAAGUGGGUGAUGAACAGAGGUGUGAGAAAGCAUCCUUCAAUAGGAAUAGAGGCACCUUCCUGAGGGAAUGAAAGUUGGAAUGUGGGGAUCUCUACAACGGGGAGGAACAGAGGACCCCCAAAUGUCUGAAAGGACAAUGAUGGGAAUCCGAGGAGGUGGGAGACCACGAGGGGUUGCUUGAGAAUGCUGAGAGAGGAAAACCGUCCACCAGCGGGGGAAGGGGGGGGCGGAGGGCGGGGGAAGGUGCGUAACUAUGAAUCACUCUGUGAAAGAGGCCCAGGACAGGAAGGGUUGGACCUUGGGGUGGGAGGUAUGGGUGGGGGAAGCCUACAAGACAGCUGAGCGCCACAACCCCCUCCCCACCCCCAGCCCAGAACCCAGGUUUCAUCUCUUAAUCUCCCUCAUUAAUCAUUCACCUUCCUCCUACCCCCAUCAGCGGAUCUGGUUUCUUCCCAGCUCAGGUUCCAGAGGUUUUGCUGGGAGAAGUCCCCUCCUGUGGCCCCACCAUCGUCUGGACACGUCCCUGGCCUCGGGGCUGACUUUAACGGGCUCUGAUGUCAGUGGUCUCCUACCUUUACUAGUCUCUCCUUCCCUUUUGUCCCCCAAAUGGGGAUCGCCCAACUCUUUUGUGCAACCACAUUACUUGAGCCUGGUUGCUGGGGGAAGAUAGGCAGGAGAGAUGGAUGGGGAAGAAGGCAAAGGCCCUUCAGGAGAGAGGGUGCUCCCCACAAACACACUAGUAAUUGAGAGCAGAGGAAGAGAUGACCUAAAAGCUACGUAGAGGACGCCUGAGUGUCUGUUUGGUGACAGGCCCAGGACGAGAGCUAGGCUGUUGCAGCAGCCUCCUGGAACCCUCUUUAAAUGCAGAUUAAGUGAAACCCUGGGAUGGUUCAGAGGGCUGAGGCCUCCAGCCAGAAGGGUCUCUCUUGCCCUCCCUCCACCUCCCACCAUUAAUAACCAACUAGCAAGGUCCUGAGGCAUCUCAGCUUUCUGCUGUGGCCUGGCUCUGCUCUCUGCCCCAGCAGUAGCCCACUGGACUGAGUGUAUUGCUCAGGAUGCCAUGAGGGUACUGUGCAAGUGUCUGAGUGUGUCUGGAGGAGGGGAGGGGUCUUACCAAGAAAACCCUGUGUUUCUCCAUCUUUGGUGGGCCAGGCCAGUGCCUCAGGCUAUGUGAGUUUCCCUCACCCCCACUAUCAAAGUGCCUUCUAGUCCUUGUUAAAGAGUCUUUGGCCCAGGUGCCUUAGAUCUCCCAGGCUCUGUUUAGGGCACCUCAACUGCAGGCUCCACUUGCCCCAGGGAAUAGGCACAGAGGAUCACUGCACAAGUGAUGGGAGGUGCAGAGGUCUACAGAGGUGACAUAAUGGACAGUCCAGGAGGGACUUCUUGGCACUGCUGGAAAAAACUAGAAGAAUCCUGUGGAGGCAAGUUCCUUAGGAAUGGUGAGCUCCUCAGGAGUGGCGGGGCUUCUCUGCCUCUGGGCUGUGAAUCCCCUAGCUAUUUGGGGGUGUUUAUGUGAACAAAACCCUUGCCUUGUUGGGCCUCCACUGGUGAAGCAGCGUUCUCCCAGAGCUGCCUGCUUCCUACAAAGGAGAGCUGUAGAGUGCUCACCCAGGUUUGAACUCGGGACUAGAAUAGGUGUGGGAGAAAAGAAAGACACAAAUCAAAUAGGAAUGAAUAUCCCUCGGGUGCCUGGAUGGCUAGUUGGUUAAGCGGUUAAGUGCCUGCCUUGGGCUCAGGUCCUGAUCCCGGAGUCCUGGGAUUGAGUCCCAGGUCUGGCUCCCUGCUGCUUCUGGGAAUGAAUAUCCCAGAGCUCAGAGUUUGUCCCUGAGUUGGCAGGGGUUUCUGUCCCAGGAUUUGGUUGGAUCCAUGAAGUCUGGCCUUCAAAUCACUUCUCUACGGAGAGUGACCAGUAGCCCUUCCCAUUGCUGCUCCUACACGGUGGUUUCUGGCUCUCCAGGUUGGGGAACCCCUAUUUGAACUACA